AUGUAUGCUGGAAUACUUGAUUUGAACGAACUAGCUGGAUCUGAUAUCCUUGAACUUAUUAUAGCAUCUGAUGAAUUACUUCUUGAUGAAUUGUUGAGAGAAAAGGAUGUGACUAAUUUAAGUAAUUGGAGUGAAAAGGAUUUUAUGGCUUUAAAAGAUACCUUGUAUCAAUUCUUUGAACAUAUUCGAUUCUACGAAAUUUUCACAAAUGAAUUUCAUAGAUAUAUUUGGCCUUUUAGAAAAGUUUUACCUGAAGCGCUCCUCGAAGAUAUUGUGGCAUUUUAUAUGUCUCAUAUUAAACCUAGCCAAGAAAUCGUUCCUCGUCAUGGAAAAAUUGUAGUUGAUUCAAACAUCAUAAAACCAAGACAUGCAGCCAUUCUUGUUAACUGGAUUCAAAGAAACGAUCCUUUUGCAAAAAUUCCAAAGGAUCAUAAAUAUAAUUUCAAACUUAUUUAUCGUCAAAGUAGAGAUGGUUAUGAUAUCAAUACUAUACGUAGUAAAUGUAAUGGACACGGAGCUUGUAUUUUGAUUAUUAGAAUUAAAGAGGGUGACACUAUAUUUGGUGGUUAUAAUCCUUUGGGUUGGAGUUUCAGUGAUAAUAUUUUUUAUCAUAACCAUUAUAAUGAUUUAUGGGUCAGUACUACCGAAAGUUUUAUUUUUUCUUUUGGUAAUGGAAAAGACUCGAAAAAUUUUAUUAUUAGUCGAGUUCAAAACAGUAAUAAUGCGAUGUAUGAAUCGCAUUAUAAUCCGUUAUUAAAUUUUGGCAAUAGUGAUUUGGUUAUUAAUGGUAAUACUGGUACAUGCACAAAGGCCCAAUACGAAAGCAAAAUUUUGGAUGCAAGUAAUUUUAACAUAGAAGAAAUGGAGAUAUUUAACUUUUAUUAA